AUGGCGGGGAGAGGUGGGAAGGGAGAUAGGAGGGCGAAAAGAAAACAAUUCCGUAAGCUCAAAAAUGUCUGUUUUCCCCUUUCAGCACAAAUUGAAGUGAUACCAUGCAAAAUUUGUGGUGAUAAAUCCUCUGGGAUCCACUACGGAGUCAUCACGUGUGAAGGCUGCAAGGGAUUCUUUAGAAGGAGCCAGCAGAACAAUGCCUCUUACUCCUGCCCGAGGCAGAGAAACUGUUUAAUUGACAGAACCAACAGAAACCGUUGCCAACACUGCCGACUGCAGAAGUGUCUUGCCCUAGGAAUGUCGAGAGACGCUGUGAAGUUCGGGAGGAUGUCCAAGAAGCAGAGGGACAGCCUGUAUGCGGAGGUGCAGAAGCACCAGCAGCGGCUGCAAGAGCAGCGGCAGCAGCAGAGCGGGGAGGCGGAGGCCCUCGCCAGGGUGUACAGCAGCGGCGUCAGCAACGGCCUCAGCAGCCUGAACAGCGAGGCCAGUGGCACGUACGCCAACGGACACGUCAUGGACCUGCCCAAGUCCGAGGGUUAUUACAGCGUGGAUUCCGGCCAGCCGUCCCCUGAUCAGUCAGGACUUGACAUGACUGGCAUCAAACAGAUAAAGCAAGAACCCAUCUAUGACCUCACAUCCGUACCCAACUUGUUUACCUAUAGUUCUUUCAACAACGGGCAGUUAGCACCGGGGAUAACGAUGACUGAAAUCGAUCGAAUUGCACAGAACAUCAUUAAGUCCCAUCUGGAGACAUGUCAAUACACCAUGGAGGAGCUACACCAGCUGGCGUGGCAGAUCCACACGUAUGAAGAAAUUAAAGCGUAUCAAAGCAAGUCCAGGGAAGCACUGUGGCAGCAAUGUGCCAUCCAGAUCACUCACGCCAUCCAAUAUGUGGUAGAGUUUGCAAAGCGAAUAACAGGCUUCAUGGAACUCUGUCAAAAUGAUCAAAUCCUACUUCUGAAGUCAGGUUGCUUGGAAGUGGUUUUAGUGAGAAUGUGCCGUGCCUUCAACCCAUUAAACAACACUGUUCUGUUUGAAGGAAAAUAUGGAGGAAUGCAAAUGUUCAAGGCCUUAGGUUCUGAUGACCUAGUGAAUGAAGCAUUUGACUUUGCAAAGAAUUUGUGUUCCUUGCAGCUGACUGAAGAAGAGAUUGCUUUGUUCUCAUCUGCUGUUCUGAUAUCUCCAGACCGAGCCUGGCUGAUAGAACCAAGGAAGGUCCAGAAGCUUCAGGAAAAAAUUUAUUUUGCACUUCAACAUGUGAUUCAGAAGAAUCACCUGGAUGAUGAGACCUUGGCAAAGUUAAUAGCCAAGAUACCAACCAUCACGGCAGUUUGCAACUUGCAUGGGGAGAAGCUGCAGGUAUUUAAGCAAUCGCAUCCAGACAUAGUGAAUACACUCUUUCCUCCGUUAUACAAGGAGCUCUUUAAUCCUGACUGUGCCACCGUCUGCAAGUGA